AUGAGGUUCAUACAAAUUCCAUCUGUAUUACAUGAAGGAGGGAUUCAUAGUCUUGAUAUUGAUAAUGACAACACCAAAUUAAUUACUGGUGGUAAAGACAAUACAAUUAAAGUAUGGCAUACAACUAUAUUAACUAGGAUAACAAAGGUUAAACCUGGUGAUGAUCCAGACAACAUCAUUAAAGAACUCAAUCCUUUAGCCACAAUCAAAUCACAUAGCCAUUUGAUUAAUUCAUUGAAAUGGUUUACAACAGAUUCAAAUUCAUUUAUUUCAAGUGAUAUUGAAGGAUUUAUAUAUAUUCAUAAUAUAAAAGAUGAUACGCAUGUUCAAAUAUAUCCACAGCCGCAAACGAAUGCCAAGUCAGUUGUCGAUUUGUCCGUUUCAAAGGAUGAUAGAUUAGUCGCUUGGAGUACUACUGAUGGGAAAGUAUUCAUUUAUGACAUAACAAAAAAGACCAUACAAGAAAUAUCAACUUUGACAAAAGCUCAAAAAUUAGUUACUCAAAGAAGCAUAGCCUUCGAUCCUACCAAUAACUAUCUCGUAACCGUUGGCGAUGACACGAUUAUUAAUGUGUACCAAUAUGCAUAUGAUACGACCACCACUAAAUUUUACAAAAUAAGAUUAAUCAAUAAGAUAUCACGAUUGUUCAAUAAAAGUCCAUUAAAUGUAAAAUAUAAACGUAUAUCAUGGUCCCCAGAAGGUGACUUAAUCUCAAUCCCAACUGCAAGAAAAAAUCAAACAUCGUUAAUAUCAAUCAUUUCCCAUUCCCGUAACUGGCAAAAUGUAAUCAGUCUAGUCGGACACGAUUUCUCAUGUGAAGUAGUAAGAUUCAACCCAAAAUUAUAUUCAGAAGGUAAGAAUGAUUCCAAUAAUAUCUAUAGUGUGGUAGCUACCGCCGGAUCAGACAAGACUCUUGCAUUUUGGAAUACUUCCAAAGAUGCUCCUUUGUCUGUAUUACAGGAUGUUGUCCCUGGUGAAAUAUUAGACAUGGCAUGGCUAAACCAGGGAGAUUUCUUGGUGUUAUGUACGUCAACUGGCCAUUUGGGAGUUGUUGGUUUUGCUGACCAAGAAUUGGGUUGGAAAGUAAGUGAUUCUACAAUGGAAUCGUUGAAGAAAUUACAGACUGAGCUUGUUAAACCCAUGAAUCAUAGAUAUGAACAUAAUCAACCGUCAAAUAGAAGAAUAGCAUUACCUCCGAUCGAAAUGCUAGAUCAGAAAGACGCUAUUGACACUACAAAACUAGCCCCAUCUUCUGAUAAACCGGAUUCUACCGAGGAUUCAAGCAAGCAACAAGGGUCGUCUAAUGGAAAGGAUAAAUUAGAAGUUAAAGGGAAAAUAGAACCGGAAAUUAUACCUCCUCCUAAUAUGGAAGAUCCUGAAGGUGCAUCGGUAGAUUGGUUACACUCUGCCAUGAGUGAUAGAAAUGCUAGCUCAACUGCUAAAACAGCCACAACCUCCACCGUUAAAUCAACAAGCAGGGUCAAGCCAGUGACAACAAGUUUAACUACAGAUAAACAAAAAGUAAGUACCAAGAAUGGGAAAAGAAGAAUCCAACCAAUUUUAAUAUCUGCAAAUGGAUCUUCUCUGCUGCAACCGGCAUCAAAUAUUUCCAGUAAGCCAUCUGCACCUGCCGCACCCUCAAACACCCAAAAAUCAUUAAUGGAGUUUGAUAAACCAUCUUAUUCGGUCUCCAAUUCAUUCUACCAACUGAACAAACGUCCCAAAUCAGACGAACCUAAUGGCACCUCAACCAGCACAAAAAAACUCAAGCGAGAAAUGGAACCUGUUAAAUUCAUCGGAUCAGUAAUUUUGAACCCCAAUACUGCAUUCUCAAAAGUUAGACUAGCAACUCCAAAAGUCCGAUUUGGAUUCCAAUUAACCAGUCGAGCCGAAGGCGAAUCAGCAGGAGGAUUAUUUAUUCUCGAUAUCAAGAACGGAAGCGGCAAUGAAACAAAACCAUCACGUAUAACCUAUUUCAAAAAAGAUCGGGAAAUAUGGUGUGAUUUCAUCCCGAAACUUAUACAUCUCGCCUGUGAAGGACUGAUAUUCUGGGCAAUUUCAACAAUCGACGGGACUGUUUUGGUAUAUUCUCAUAUUUCAGGUAAGAGACUCCUACCUCCAAUCGUCCUCGGGUCUGGGAUUUCUUUUCUCGAAAGUCAUGGACAAUAUUUGAUGGCUGUGACAUGUUUGGGAGAAUUAUAUGUCUGGGAUAUGUCGGUUAAGAAGUUGGAAUUAAAGACGUCGAUUUGUGCGUUGUUGGAUUUGGGACAACGGUUUCUGGAAGAUGGGUUAUCCAAGGCGGAUAAUAUUACGUUGUGUGCUGUGACUGCUAGAGGAAUCCCAUUGGUGACUUUAUCUAAUGGUAGUGGAUAUUUGUAUAAUAAGGAUUUGGGUGUUUGGCAAACCAUUGCCGAGUCUUGGUGGGCAUUUGGAAGUCAUUAUUGGGACAGCUCGGACGAGAAGCGCCCACAAUCAUUAGGAUUAUUCAAUAAUGGAGACGAGGAACAGUCUAUUGUGGAUUUAUUGGAAUAUAAAACCAAUGAAGAAAUCAUUAAAAAGACAAGAGCAGGUCGUGGAAAAUAUUUCAAUAAAAUAUCCAAAAAUAUGAUCAUGAAGGAAGGAUUUGAGAGUUUGGAGAACACGAUUUCCGUCAGUCAUUUAGAGAAUAGAAUAUUGUGUUGUGAGAUCUUGGGUGAAGAUCAAGAUUUCCAUCGCGUAUUCUUAACAUAUGUCCAACGAAUCUGUGAAUUGGGGUUUAAAGCCAAAUUAUUUGAAGUUUGUCAGGAAUUACUCGGACCUGAAAAGGAAGAUUCUAAAGAGUGGAAUCCAAAGAUAUGUGGGAUCGAUAAACGAGAAUUAUUAAAGGAGGUCAUUACCGCCUGUUCAAAACAUAGAGAUGCACAACGAGUAUUGAUUCAUUUUAGUAAAAAAAUCGGCCUUGUUGAUGAAUUCGUCUAG